AUGAACUCUGAGCGGGCAGACCGCACAGUCCUCGUCGAAAGUGCGCUCGCCCCCGACGACUUGCGGGCUGCGUUCGCUCAGUGCGGAGUCAUUCGCGGAAUGUAUGCUGCAGGCCCUUCUAGCGACUCAGCUCUCUUCCGCUAUCACGUCGAGUAUCGCGAUCAGGAGGCUGUGGGACGCGCGCGUUCCCUCCAAUUUUCCAAGACAGCUGUAUAUUCCGUGGACUUGCAAAGUUUCGUCCAGUACUUCAACUCCGCACUCCUCCCGGAUCCGCAUUUGACCCCUGAAGCUGACGUCCGAGAUGACCUUCGAUGGUCGCCGUAUAGUGUUCGCCACAAAGUUAGCAAGACCCGGACAGGCAGAGACAAGUAUCGCUUCAGCACUCACACGAGAUCGGAACCCGCGACCUCAGCGACUCAUCUUCCACAUCCAGCCCCAGAACUUCGCCUGCCGGUGGGCCUAGAAUCCAUCACUACGGAGGACCGUUCCUACCGUGCGCCCGACCCAAGUUGUACCGUGACGAAGCAAUCGCUUAUCUCUGCGACCAUUCCAUCGGUAUCAGCCAAUGCAUAUACGGACCCCAGCUUCCCGGUACGCCCACCACGCAUACCCUCACCGGUCAAUGCCACCUCCUCGAGUCCGUCCGCCUUUGCCAGCGGCAGCAUGAAUAUGCAGGCGCUCGACAUGUUUCCGAACGCUCGUGGGGGUUCUGACGAUCUUCACCCCGGCUGCCUGGACUUGUUCCAGGUUAUAAGCAGCCUCCGUGCUAACGCAAGUGGCGUGGAGGGCCGUGGCAAGUGGAUAAUGGCCGCCAUCGAUUACCUGCGUUUGCAUGACAUUCUAGCCGCAAUCAGAGUCCUGACUACUAUGAUGGAAGUCAUGCAGGGCAAUGGUCUGGAUGAAGCAGACCUGAGACCGGCCCUGCUACUCUUGGCAAACUGCUGCCGAGAAAUGUCCAAGAAGCUCCGUCAUACACCGGGCGACGCGGGAGCGAUGGAAGAGAGCAAGCAAUAUGCCACGCAGUCCAUCGAGUUGUUCCGGAAAGUGUACGGCUCGUCUGGUCCUCCACCCAUUUUCGACGGUUUUCGUGCUCCCCAAGCGUCAUCCCCUUUGGCCGCUGGAACCCUCUUGGCGCCUUUUGACCCCACUCGUUCACAAGUUGCAAGUCGUACAACCACUCCCUUGGCAACAUCCAGCGCGGAGCUCGCCAGUCGUCAUAGGACACCGAACACAAUUAGCGCAGAAAAUGAGCGGAAGAAGAUGCUCGAGCGGAAGAUCCAAUCCCUCCGCGAUCGUCUUCGAACACAAGAGGAAUCAUUGGACCUGGAGCGGUGUGCAAGACGGAAGGUCGAGGAUCGCCUCGACCUGGAGCGCCUCUGCCGUCGAACACUGGAGGAACAACUCAAGACGGCUGAAGAGUCUGCCAUCAGAGCACUUCGUGGCGAAGAAUCAGCCUUGGACCAGUGUCGUGCAGAGCUGGAGAUGCGUAGGCAAGCCGAGGAACGCAUCGCAGAGCUGAGAGAUCGUAUCGCUAUGCUUGAGCGGAAGCUGGAGGAGGUAUUGGAGAAUGAUAUGAAGACGAAGGACUAUCUGAGGAGGAUGGGUUUGUCCUUGAUGAAGGCGGCUAAUGGAGACCUGGCGAUAAGCCCGGUGUUAGCCUCCUCGUAA